UUUUGAGUAUCAGACUGAUAAAUCAGUCGGUAACACACUCUUUUUUUUUAAAAAAAAAAAAAAAACUUUAUUACACCCAAUAAAUGAUCCACCAUUCCACACUCUGUCCCUUCUGUGUGAGCUGCUCGUGAUUUUGAUCUAAAGCCCCUCCUUCCCUUCCUCCCUUCCCCUUUCUUCCCUUUCUGCUUGUUUACACAAACAAAGACAAUGGCUUCCAUUUUCCUCCUCAUCUUUCUCAUUCUCUCUGGGGCGAUGGCCUCAUCAUCAUCAUCCCAGCAGCAGCAGCAGCCCAUCAAAACAAUUGUGGUCCUGGUUCUGGAGAACCGCUCCUUCGAUCACAUGCUCGGUUGGAUGAAGAAAACCAUCGACCCUAACAUCGAUGGGGUCACCGGCGACGAAUGCAACCCCAUCUCCACCAACAACACUUCCAACCCCCUACCCAAAACCAUCUGCUUCACCGACGAUGCCGACUUCGUUGACCCCGAUCCCGCUCACUCCUUUGAGGCCGUCGCCCAGCAGGUCUUCGGCUCCUCCAGCUCCUCCAUGCCCUCCAUGAGUGGCUUCGUCGAGCAGGCCCUCUCCGUGUCCCAGAACCUCUCCCAGACCGUCAUGAAGGGCUUUCGCCCCGACGCCGUCCCCGUCUACGCUGCCCUCGUCCGGGAGUUUGCAGUGUUCGACCGCUGGUUCUCCUCCAUCCCCGGCCCCACCCAGCCCAACAGGCUGUUUGUGUACUCUGCAACUUCCCAUGGAUCCACCAGCCAUGUGGUCAGGCAGCUAGCCCUGGGCUACCCUCAGAAGACCAUCUUCGACUCUCUCCGCGAGAAUGGCCGCCUCGACUUCGGCAUCUACUACCAGAGCAUACCCAGCACACUGUUCUACAGGAAUCUCAGGAAACUCAAGUACGUCCCCAACUUCCAUCAGUAUGACUUGAAGUUCGAGAGGGAUGCUAGGAACGGCCACUUGCCCAACCUAACUGUUAUCGAGCCCAGAUACUUCGAUCUAGUUGGCCUACCCGCCAACGACGAUCACCCCUCUCACGAUGUCGCUAAUGGGCAGAAGCUGGUUAAGGAGGUCUACGAGGCGCUGCGGGCGAGCCCUCAAUGGAAUCAGACCCUCUUGAUCAUCACUUACGAUGAGCACGGAGGUUUCUAUGACCAUGUCAAGACUCCAUUCCGCGACGUUCCCAACCCCGACGGAAACACCGGUCCUGCCCCUUACUUCUUCAAGUUCGACAGGCUCGGAGUUCGCGUGCCGACGAUUAUGGUCUCUCCUUGGAUUAAGAAAGGGACUGUGAUCAGUAAUCCGGUAGGGCCUACUCCAAAUUCCGAGUUCGAGCACUCUUCGAUCCCUGCAACUAUAAAGAAAAUGUUCAACAUCACAUCCAAUUUCUUGACUCACAGAGAUGCUUGGGCUGGCACGUUCGAGCAGGUCGUAGGGGAACUAACAUCCCCUCGAACCGAUUGCCCAGAGACAUUGCCCGAGGUGACCCCUAUGAGGACCACACAAGCGAAGGAAAAUGGCGGGUUAUCUGAGUUUCAGGGUGAGAUAGUCCAAUUGGCAGCUGUUCUUAAUGGAGAUCACUACCUGAGCAGCUUCCCGGAUGAGAUGAGCAAGAAGAUGACUGUGAAGGAAGCUCACGAUUACGUGAGAGGUGCUGUUUCGAGAUUCAUGAGAGCCAGCAAACAGGCCCUCAAGUUGGGCGCCAACGAGUCCGCCAUCGUGGAUAUGCGGUCAUCUCUCACUUCAAGGUCCUCGACGCGCAACUAAUAAAGCCUCCCAUGACCCAAACUCCCCAGUCUUGAUGUAUCUAAUUCAGCCAUAUACCCAAGUUUGUCAAUUCUUACGAAAUUUUCCAAGUAAAAUUGAAAAGGUGCCUAACUGGCAAGCAAGUUGUCUUCCUGUU